AGGCGCGGCUCGCUGGCUGGUUCUGUGGAAACGGCGCGGCCGGGCGCCGAGCUGCCCUUGCGCCGCGCGCGGAGACGUCGCUCAGUCAUGGCUCCCCGCAUCUUCCCCAUUGUCAAGUUCCUGGUCAAAGGUGGCUUGGCAGGGGGGGCCAUCUACGUGGUUUACAGCCAAGGUUUGCUGAGCGGGGGCGAAGAGGGGGCCCGAGCUCUCCGAAAAGCCCAAGAAGCGCUCCCCCCAGCUGUGGAAGAAUGGGCAAAAUAUUUUGGCUGGAAGCUUCCGGCUGUCCCAAAGACUGAAUUCUCUCUCUGCAGCUUCUGGAACUCAGGGGUUCGGACGACAAUUGGCGCUCUCUCCGUAGCCCCCACCAGGGCCUGUGAAUAUACCCAGCAUGGAUGGAAGUACAUGAAGGACCUUGUCAAAUGAAGCCCCUCCAAUAAGGCCCCCUCUUGCCACCUUUAAUGGGGAGGUCUUCAGCACC